AUGAGCUCCGUAGGGCCACCUACCUCGCUGGAAUUCAAUACCUACGACCUCAUGUCCUCCUAUAACCCCGCCGACUCGGUCCAGGAUGAGACCUUCGCGCAAAUCCAGCCACAGGAGGGUGGUCGCCGCUCUUUCCAGGACAAGAAUCACAAACAUCUAUCUCUCCAAUCACUCGAGGGCUCCCAGAACAUUCAGGACACCUUCCGGAACAGCGGCUCUGGGACAUACUCCGGCCCUUUGACGGCUGGAUCCAUGUGGACAACUGCUGGCAAUGCAAGCACGCCCAUGUUGACCGCCGACUACCAGCAAUUGUUACUUCGCCCCGCCCGCCAGGACGCUUGUCCCAGUCAACGAUAA